AUGUUGAAGGCUACAAGAUUACCACUAUUGAAACUCGUCUCUCCUGCGCUUCUUGGAAAUCCAUUGAGGGGAACUUUAUGUCAAUUCCUCAUCAACAAGCAAAAGACCUCUCAAUACGUCAUCCAACCAUUGUCGAAGAGAUUUAACACCACUGUUGCCACCCCAAAAGCUCCACCAAAGAAGCAAGCAGUUAAAAAGACCUCCACCCCAAAGAAAAGCGCUAGUGCAAAGAAGACCAAGAAAUCUGCUACAAAGAAAGCGGAUGCCCCAAAGAAGACAGUUACCAAGAAAGUUUUUGGUGUUCCAAAGUAUGAAGUUAUCACCCCAAAAAAUCUUUUCGCAAAGACUAUUGCUGAGGAAGUAAGGAGUCAAAAAUUGCAUUCUAAAACCGCGGUCGAGAAAUACAUUAGUUCUAAGUUCGCCACCUUGUCAGAAGAACAAUUGGAUCAGUUCAAAGCGGAAAGUAAAAAGCUCAAAAGUAAGGACAAGCACAAGAAAUUGAGAGAACAGUUGCCACCAUAUUAUUCUGCAUACAUCGUCUAUGCAAAGGAACAAUUAGCACAGAUUUACAAGAAAGGUGAUAAUGUUAUUGAAAAUAUGAAGAUUGUUGCCUCCAACUGGAAGAAAUUGUCGGAAUCUGAAAAAGAAAAAUACCAUGACAUUUCUAAGGAAUUAUACAAAGCUUACAAAGAAAAGAAGGAUGAGCUUGUGGCUAAAUCCAAGGGCCCACUCCAGGCAUAUCCAGCGUUCGUCAAGACGCGUUUCGGACCAUACAGUCAGCAACAUCCAGGUCUCACUACCCCAGAAGUUUUGAUAUCGUUGGCGAAAGAGUGGAAAACCUUGGAUAAAACUGAGAAACAAGCUUUCCAACUGAACUAG